UGCAGAAUGUCCGUGAAGAUGCCGCUCCGGCGAUCUUUCAGCGAGCACGUGAAAGUUUCCACUAACAAAGCUUGGGACGUCUUCUGGAGGAGUGUGAGGGAGCGACGGCUGUGGGAGAUUGAAGCUAGUGAGGCCUGCGAUUGGCUGCGAGCGACCGGCUUCCCUCAGUACGUGCAGUUAUACAAAGAUUGCAGGUGUCCCAUUGACGUAGAGCUCGCCAAAAGGGAUCACCACUUCCUGGAUAAAGAUGCUCUGGAUUCCCUCAGCAGGCGACUGAUUACGUUGAACAAAUGUGCAGAGAUGAGGCUAGAUCUUCCGAAAGCAAAACAUCAAGGUGAAUAUGACUUUACCGAAGACGAUUUCUACGCUAUAAGCCCUAGGUGGACCCUCGACAGGCAGUUGCAACAAUGGCGGCGCCUGGACUCCUCUGAGGAUUUUCUCCAUUUAUCCGACAUCUCAAACACUUCACAGAAUGUGUCCCUUCGUGACAACGGGGAUGGCCGAGACCACCACGACGUAUGCUCCAUUCGCAGUUCAAGCAGCACUGAGAGCGAUAGCCAAAAUCAGAAGAGUCCAAGAGAAGACACCGACCCUAACAGAAGCACCAUGGAUGACCCGGCCACUAGCCGGAGCUCCUCUCGUUGUUCCUCUUCCAACAAAACUCCAUCCCUGGACAUAUCGUUCAGCGGACCCCCGUCACCUGGUGGAGGAAGCGCUGGAGGAUCAUCCACAAUGAGUCUGGAAGUCAGUGUCAUGGAUAAACCGCUCCGCAAGAAGGGUACCAGCCUUCUGAGGAAGAUGGAAAAACUGAGGUUGAGAGGACCAACCGGUCUUCUUUCUGCGUCGAGAAACCACGCCAGUCUGGCUGGAGUAGUCCGAGUUCCAGCGGGGGAAAGGGGCCCGUCAAGCUGUACAUCUUCUUCACCCUCGUCCCCACAUGCCAUGAGCAGCUGCAGCAGCAACAGCCACUCAGAGAGCAGCAGUGUCGUCAGCACGCCAAGCCCGGUCACACGUGUCCGGAGUAACUGCAAACGCACAGAAACAGGAGAGGGGGUGACCUGCAAUAACAACCGAGCUGGUAGCCCGGACUACAAGGACCAAAUCAACAACAAUAACAACAACAGCCAUGACAGCCUGCUCUUCCAUAUCCCCCACGGACACAAACCCGGCACCUUUCCCACCUCCCUCGCCCACAAACACAUUUUGGAUCAGUCCUCCGUCAAUUGGAGGACGGGCAGUUUCCAUGGUUACCAGGGGCGACGCCGGGGCCCGUCGUCACUCGGCGCCUCGCCGGUCCCGCCGGACCACCGUCUGAGCAUCUACGACAACAUGCCGGAUGAGCGGUUGCUGUCUGAAAGCAAAGGUGGCAGCGGAGGGAGUGUUAGCGAAGCGGAGAGGAUCGGGGAUGAGGUAGGUACUGUAACUAUACUGUUGGGAGGCGAGGAUGUUUUCUCAGCACUGGAUACAGUUUUGGAAAGGAUCAAUGACUUGCAGCACCUGGUCUCCACCUGGACCGAAAGUCUGUCCGAUGAAAACUGUCAGCGUGAUUCCUCUUCUACCUCUUCUUCGACAUCCUCCUGCUCCCAAGACUCGCCUGCCAACGGUUCCUCCGCCACCUCCCCCUGCCCCUCUUCCCCUGCCCACAUCCACCUGCAAGUGCAGCAUUCAGAGGAAGAGGAGGAGGAGGAGAAUUGCGAGAAGUCAUCAGUUAGUGAAGACGAGACCAAGAGCAGAUCGCCGCAAGACAAGAGCAGUCGAGUGAGUCAGCAGCUGCACUGGUCCAGUGAGCAGAGCCUGCCCUCCCUGCCAGCCAGUCCGGGUGUAGAAAACCAGUCCGUCUCCCAGUUGGCUCUCCUUCAGAAGCUAGCCUUGCUUAAACUCAGCGCCCUGAUGGACAAGCACUCGCCAUCCAGCAAGCAAGGCUGGAGCUGGAGUGUUCCUAAACCGUUGCUGAGAAAGGGCGAUGCAUCACCCUCCAAAGCCAGGCGGAUUUUCGGUGUCCCUCUGAUCGUCAACGUGCAGCAGACAGGAGAGGCGCUCCCUCCCGCCAUCCUCAGGGCACUGGUUUACCUCAGAACACACUGUUUGGACCAGGUGGGUCUUUUUCGGAAGUCAGGCUUGAAGUCUCGCAUUCAGUGCCUCCGCGAAAUGCUGGAAUCCGACCCUGACGCCGUCUCUUAUGACGGCCAGUCUGCUUUCGACGUGGCCGACUUGGUGAAGCAGUACUUCCGGGACUUGCCCGAGCCUGUCUUUACCUUGAAGCUGUGUGAGACGUUCCUUCACAUUUACCAGUAUUUCCCCAAAGAUCAACAAUUGUUGGCGGCCCAGGCAGCCAUCUUGCUGCUGCCCGAUGAGAACCGCGAGGCGCUGAGGACGCUGCUCUUCUUCCUCGGCGACGUGGUGGCGUGCGUGGACACCAAUCAAAUGACACCCACCAACCUCGCCGUGUGCCUGGCGCCAUCGCUCUUCCACCUCAACGCUAUUAAGAGGGACGCCGGCGCCAAAAGAUCGAGUCACCGGAAGUCCAGUCUGGGCCGCCCAGACCAGCGCGACCUUAGCGAGAACCUUGCCGCCACGCAGGGUCUGGCCAACAUGAUCACAGAAGCCCAGAGACUUUUUGAGAUUCCAGAGUUUUGGCCCGCUCUGAGCCCGAGUUUUGCGAAUCCGGUCGGGGAAGAACCUGAAGACGAGCUCGGGAAACUACGGCAAAGAACGGAGCUUCUCCUUCACGAAACUCGACACAAGAGUCCAGCCUGGGAGCGCCGACCCGCGCCGGAAAACAUCUCGCUGGCCGUCAACAAGACGUAUGACGACUGCCCGCUUUGGACCUGGCGCGGCUCGGUGGAGGUGGACGCCCCGCAAGAAGUUUUACUCCAGCGUCUCCUCGGGGAGCCCCAGUUGUGGGACGCUAGGGCGCGGGACGCCACAGUAAUCCAAACCCUCACCGAACAUGUCCACGUCUACCGUUACCACCUCCAGGGCCACGACGACGGUCUGACAUCUUGCCUGCUACGUGAACACCUGCUGCUUAGGAUGUGGCAGGCGGACCCGUCCAGCGGCCCGCUUUAUGUGUCAUCUAUGUCAACGCAGCACCCGGAGGUGCCACCAGAGGGAAUCAGAGUGCACACGCACUCCUGCCUCUACCUGCUAGAGCCCACAGCGCCAAGCAAGACCCGCCUCACGCACUUGUGUCGAACUGACACCAGGUCUUAA